AAUGUCACUACAUCUGUUGAGGAAACCUCUGGACACGUUACCGGGCUUGGUGACUGUGUGUGUACGUACCAAGUUCACUAGCGAGCACUUCAAACGAUACAGACCUCUGAACAGGGACAAAUAUUGGGGCCGGAUCGUCGAGCAAGGUGAGGGUGUUAUACCUGGACGAACUAUUGCCAGGACCAGAGGAACUGAGUCGAUAUGGCCCGGAGCUAAUGUACAAUUAGAGCGUAAUCAUUGGGAGAAUGCGCUGAUAUCCAUGGCUAUGGGCCAGGUGAGAUACCACAAGGAAGCAGUGAACGGAAGGGAGAGAUCCUACGUUAGUGUUGACAGGAUCUACCAUCCGGAGCCUAGAUUUGUUCUGAGUAAAGUUAUCCCAAAAGAGGAGAACUUGAAAAGAUGAACUUGAUCAAAUUCUGUAAUCUGUUGCAAAACAUUUUACUUGGUAUAUAUUUUGUAAAUUAUUGGUCCAUGGUAAUUUAUUUGGCAGUUUGCGCGAUUUUUAUGGCCUCAUUUGAGUAAUACUGUGGUAUAUGAGUCAGUAAUUCCUUUACGACAAGAAAGAUAACUUUUUAAAGAAAGAUAACGUUUUUAAGUAAAACUGAAAUUAUCACCACUGCUAAGUAAGGCAUACUGAUUUUGAACUUUGUUUAUUUUGAAUCAGUCAUUCUUAAAUAAUUUUGAAAUCAAUUGUGUGUUCUUUCAGUCUUGGUUGCAGGAGGACGGAGUAACCAUCCAUUCAUGCCGAUAAUUUAGA